GGCCUUCUCGUCUUCUGCCAUUCCAAGGUAGAAGAAGAAGGGCAUCUUCAAGAGGGAGGAGGAGAAGCGGUGAUCGAAAGGAGCCAGCCGCGGCUUGCUUGCUACAGCCAGACCAGAGAUGUGGAGCAGCGUCAAGAAGCAGCAGGAACCAGUGAGGCGGUACGUCAGAUCCCGGGUUCCCAGGAUGCAAUGGACGGCCGAGCUCCACAGCAGCUUCCUGCAGGCCAUAGAGUCCCUCGGCGGAGAGCCCAAUGCUACCCCUAAGCGGGUUCUUGAGGCCAUGGGUGUGAAGGAGCUUACCAUAUCCCACGUCAAGAGCCAUCUCCAGAUGUACAGAGGUCCGAGCACUCGCAAGGACAAGAAAGAGGCGCAACCACAACCACAGCCGCUGCAAAGGAGGCACUCAUGUGCCGCUGAUGAGCAAGGAUGCGGAGGCCCCAAGCCCUUCAUGUGCCCACCUCUGAAAAGGGCCAGGACGACGGGGACAGUGGCCGCGCAUAAAGGCAUGCAAGGAAGCAAAGGAAUCAGUGAGACCAAGACCAGCGGCGCUGCCAACCAGUACUGCAUUGAUGAUUACAUGCAAGCCAUGGCCAUGGAGAGGAGAAUAAAGGAGGAGGGCCUCAGCGGCUGGCAGAGGGAUGCCGCUCCUGCCGCUGCUGUUUCCAGCCUCCAGACCGUGGGAUGUUUGGAGCAAGGAUCUGCCCUGGCUGGCGACUUUAAGCAGAUAAUCAAACCAGAAGCACGCUACUGUUAUCCUGGCCUCGCGGUGAAGAAGCAAGACCUCAAGGAGGAGAAGCCGGAGAAGGAUAGCAGCGGGACGGAGCAAUGCGCCCUCUCGCUGUCCCUUGGCACGGACCCAAAAUGCUUCCGCGCCGUCUCGUCGUCGUCGCCGAGCGAAGGCAGCUGCAUCAUCUCGUCGUCGCCGCCGAGGAGGAGCUCCAGCCACUGCUCCGGGCACUCGGGCUACUUGGACGCCCAGGGCGUCAACCUGGAGCUCUCCCUGUCCAUCUGCGGGUCCUAAGACGGCCGGCAGAAAUUUUGCACAUCGAUCUCUCUGUCUGUCGCUCGUCUGGUGCACGAUGGUGUUAGGAUGGUAAGCAGGUCGUUAGUUUAGGGCCGUAUGCUGUUCAGUGAUGCUUGGAGUUAGCAGGGUUGCCGGCAAGUGGAAAAGCUAUCUAGUUCUAGCUCCCACCUUUGAGAGUGUCACUAUUGCGAUCGAGGGAGAUUCUUGCUUGCCUCCACUACAUCUUUUCCUUUGUCUGAAGCUGUUUGAUCGUGUCAAGGGUAGGUUUUCCGGAGUAGGCAGGGAGAAGUAGCAGUGUUCUUUCUUGGUGCAUCAUGCUUGGGCAAGGAGUUGAUAAGGACAAGGGCGCCUUGCAGGGCCGCAGGUCAAAAGUGUGGUGGUGCCAUCAUGUUGUUUCUACUUGCUACUACAGUAGUACUAGUCUA